AUGAAAGUCAAGAUCCCUGUUACUUAUUUUCUAGAUCUCAAUGCUCACAGAGGCAUUGCGAUACAACAAGACUUCCGCCAUUCGACGGACAUAGCAUCUAUCAUACGUUCAACAGAGCUGAGUGACUUAUGGGCGCAAUCUCAGGCUUUGCGCACCAGUCAAGAAGUUGGAAAAUGGCUACGCCACUUCCAUGAAUGGGCCUCAGAACCUGAACAAGCAGACUUCCGAAGCAAGGUUGGCUGCAACGGACCUAUGCAAAGACUCAAGCACAAGGUCACCUACGGCGCAUUCAUCGACGUCUUGAAGAACUUUCCCAAUAUCCUUGGAAAGAACAUUAGGGUUUUGGAAGGGGUCAAAGAAAGAGCAGAACUCGAGCUUCAUGAUUUGAUCAGUGGCAAGGAUGGACCAGAUCGAGGCAUGAUCCAUGGAGAUUGCUGGAUGGGAAAUGUUCUACUAUCGAAUUCUUCCCUGGCCCAAAUUGGCUCCGAUGCAGCUACAGACAUCAUCUUCAUUGACUGGGAAAUGUGCCAAUUUAGCCAUCGUGCAUAUGACUUGGGGCAUAUGAUAGGUGAUCUAUAUGAGGCGUAUCAUUUUCACGACUCUGAUAUCGCUUUAACGAUGAUCACAGGGUUCAUUGACGGUUAUGGGGGGGUUAACAACGAAAUGGCUUUCCGAACGGCUAUUCACACUGGUGUACAGCUUCUGGGUUGGUACAAUCGUCGCGCCCCAUCGGAUGCCGUGAAAGGGACCGAAGAACAGAUUUUGAAUGCAGCAAACAUCUCAACGAACCUUAUUAUUAAAGGCUGGGAGCAGGAAAGGCAGUGGUUUCAAAGUACUCCAUUGGCGCUGUUGUUCCAUUCGGGCACAUAA